AUGGCCUCUGCCUACCGUCCUAUUGUGAUUUCAGGCCCAUCGGGGACUGGAAAGUCAACUCUGCUCAAGCGAUUGUUCGCUGAGUAUCCUGAUACCUUUGGAUUUUCCAUCUCGGAAACCACACGAUCCCCGAGACCCGGCGAGCAACAUGGCCGUGAAUAUAACUUUGUCACAAAGGACGCAUUCCUCGAGCUAGUGGCCAACAACGGGUUUAUUGAGCAUGCCCAAUUCGGUGGAAACUUCUAUGGAACGUCAGUCCAGGCUGUCAAGAAUAUCGCCGAAAAGAAGCGUAUCUGCAUAUUGGACAUUGAGAUGGAAGGAGUCAAGCAGGUGAAGCGGACGGAUCUCAAUGCGCGUUUCUUGUUCCUUGCGCCGCCUUCUCUCGAGGUGCUGGAGCAGCGCCUCCGUGGCCGUGGUACUGAAACCGAAGAAUCUCUAGAGAAAAGACUCAGCCAAGCUCGGAACGAGCUUGAGUACGCAAAGCAGCCCGCGGCUCAUGAUAAGAUCGUUGUUAAUGAUGACCUCGAGAAGGCGUAUGUUGAGCUGCGGGAUUGGGUUGUUGACGGUGGUAAGUUCGGUGCUGCGCAAUAG